AUGAGUUUUUUCUCUUGUGAAAUUGGACAACUGUUGAGCGAUGUCUGUAGCUGCUUUGGCAGUGAAGUCAAGUAUAUUUGUAACCUUAAGAAGAAUCUGGCUGCACUGGAUAAAGCCAUGGAGGUACUCAGAGCAAGGCGAGAUGAUGUGUUGACAGAGGUGCAGAGGAAAGAAAGCGAAGGUCUAAAAAGGCUUAGUGAAGUUCAAGUAUGGCUUACGAGUGUCGAGGAUAUCCAAAACCAAGUCUAUGAAUUGCUUCUUCCUCGUACAGCUGAAGUUGAAAGGUUGUGGUCUUUGUACAAAACACUUGCGAAAGAGCCAUAG